GCAUUCGAUAAGAGGAGACUCGACGCUCGACAUUAGCACCGAACUUAAACCCAACGCGAAACUAAAUUUGGGUGUAGACGAGCCUAUUCCAAUACCUUCCAACAACAAACGCCAACGUCACAUCUGCUUGCAUUUGUUUGCUCGGCGUUUGAUUUUCGGUCUGUACGCGGCUUAAGACAAAAGAACAUUAAUCGUCCGGUUUCAAGGCAACAGCGGCUUGGCGCGCAUCAUCCUUAUAAGUAAGGCAUAGCUCGCUGUGUUUCCCGCAUUAGCGUGGGUUUGGUGUGGUGAUUAAGGUAGUUCUGCAGCUUUCGGGGGUGCGAGAUGUCAGUUUACAAGAUUACCGUUAAGGCCCUGCUUGUGUUAGGGUGUGUUGGAUGGGCCACGGCUAUCCUACCAUCUUAUAUCAAGGUAUGCAAGAAGAAUGACCCCAACAUUGCAUCAUGCAUCACAAACUCAGUGAAUGAGUUGAGGCCAAAACUAGUCGCAGGUAUCCCCGAACUGAACGUGCCCUCGCUAGAUCCACUGCCACUGGACACUAUCAAGCUCAGAAGCGGACCCAGUCAGGCCAAGAUUGAUGCUAACAUCACGAACUUGAAGGUCUGGGGGCCAUCCACCUUUGAAGUACUCGAGAUGAAACCAAAUAUUGCGAAGAACAGAUUUGUAUUCAGAAUCAAUGUACCGAAAAUUAAGUUCGAAGGUGACUAUGAUAUGGACAUGAAUGUCCUUAUUUUGAAAUAUAAGGGACAAGGACCUUUGAAUGGGAACAUCACUAACCUAGGAGCAGACGUACUGAUGAAAGGAAAAAUUGAGAAACUCAACGGGCAAAAUCAUCUCCAGUUUAGUAAAAUGCUCAUUCAUAUCACAAUAGAGAAGGCAUAUUUCCAUUUAGGCGACCUAUUUAGCAGGGAUCCCAAUUUGGGCCGAGCAAUGAACGAAGUAGUGAACGACAACUCAGAAAUAUUCUGAACGAGAUAAGACCCGCCCUGGAAGUGUCACUAGCUGACAGGUUCUCAGAAAUCGCAAACAAUAUUUUGAAGAAAUUCACCUAUGAAGAACUGUUCCCAGCUGAAUAAUAUACUCAAACGACAAAUUGAUAUGAAAGACUGUGUUGAUUUAACGGACCAAAAAAAGUUUAGGCGAUAAUGGCGAAUAGACUGAAUAGUCUCAGUAUUUGUAUUUGUGAAAGUGAUCGCAUUAACAUUAACCUUCUUGAUUAGACAAUUAUCGGGAUAACUAAAUUACUUUCCCUACACUGCACCGAUAAAGGUCUAAGCUAAAACUGACAUAUAGGAGAUAGGAAGGUGCGUAGCAAAAAGCUCGCGUGCUCCAUUCGUUUGCAAAAAUACGUUUCUGACAUUUUCAGGAAAAUCUAUUGAAAUGCAAUCAAUGAUCUUACCUUAUACAUUUGAAUUUGAAAUGCUGAGUGUAUCAGAAAUAUAUGUUCGUUUUAGAAAUUAAAGUGUUUAUUUUUAAUGAUCCUUGAAGUAUUAUUGUAGUGUUUGCGCUGAAAACGUCCACCAGAAUGAAAACGGUCGCAAAACAAUGUAAAUAAAUAGUGGUUUUUGUUGCUGCGACAUUUUGUUAACCAAUAUGGGUUAAGGUCUUGUGCAUUUGAGUAUUGUUAUUUUCUAUACCAAUAAGGUUCUCUUUCAUAUAUUGUAUAAUAGUGAAGCUGUUCAAUUUAUUUAUCCCGCCGCACAGUGGUUUAGAACACCCAAAGAGCUGGAAAAAAAUACUUUUGUAGCACCUUGACGAAAUUUCUUACAGAAGAGUUUUUGAGAUCGCUGAUGUUGAAUCUGCUAUCAAAAACCAAAAUUCAAUAUGGCGUAUCCAAUAUGGCAUCAGAUUCUUGAAACCAGUUGAUAUUAUGAUGUUUGAUAAUAGAUAGGAUCAGUAUAAUAUUAUAAUAAUUGCCGAAUAGGAAGGAUACUUUAAAAAACACAGAGAUAUUAAAUUUCAAACGUAACAAACAAGAAAAUAUGAUAUCACUAUAGGACUUCUUAAAACCGUUGUAAAAAUUGAUGCCUGAAUGCACAAAUCUGAGCUUAAAUAGAUAUUUGAUUAAUUUUGCAGCUUUUACAUUUCCCUCCGGUGUUCAUUUGAAAACUUCCCACCUCAAAUUAAUCUAAAACCAUUUAUAUAAAGAAAUAACGCCGAGACACGUCAAACGAUUUGUCAAGGGGGACAACUUUUUAACCAAAAACUACUUCAGUCUCUUUCACCCUCUGCCCCUCGGGGGCAUCCCAUUAAAAAUUUUAAAUGAUAAGGGGUAUCAAUAACUUGUUGGGGAGGUCUUUCGAAGUCCUUUAUGUUAAGGUUAGAUUUUGUAAAAUCGGUCGAUUCGUUUUCAAGAAAAUAAGAAAAUCUUUAUCUUAAUUUGUUCAGACAGAAAACAGACACGAAAGUAUCACUUUUUAUUUCAACAAGUACUGAAAAUGUUGUCCGUUAUUGGCCAAAUAAUGAUAUCCGCGAUGUUCAAAGUCCUUACAGACAUUUUCAAAAACAUGUUGUGGGAUAUCAUGGCAGCUUUCGAUGAUGCGUUGACGAAGUUCAUCCAAACUGUUUAGGUUGGAGAGUAAACACAAUAGAUUUCAAAUGGACCCAUAGAAAAAAGUCUAAUGGCGUUAAAUCAGGAGAUCUAGCAGGCCAUUCUAUAGGACAUCUUCGCCCUAUGCAUUUAUCUGGAAACUCGUCGUCUAGCUAUUGCCGAACCAGAAUAACGUACUGAGGAGGAGGGCCGUCUUGCUGGAAAUAUAUUUCAGCCUCAUCAAAUAUAGAGUUACCAUCCUCUUCGAUUUGGUUUUCAAUGGUUUCAGUGAUAAGCGGAUUGAUGAUAUUUUCCAGCAUAUAAAAAUAAAUGUCUCCACUCAAAUUUUCAUUAAUAAGCAAUGUGGCCCAAUCCCUUUGCCUGCCCAUACAUUAAUUUUUUGGGGGUACUGGGUAUGUCCUUCACAGAAGCAAGAGGAUUUUGAUUGCUCCAAUACCUGCAGUUAUGCUUAUUAACAAAUCCAUUUAGAUAAACUGUGCAAUCAUCAGUGAAGUAGACAUUCUUUACGUGGAUGGUAUUGUCAUUAAUUGCUGCAGUCAUUUGUUCACAAAUUCAACUCGCCUAUCGAAAUCAUCUUCAGUUAACUCUUGCAAUAUUUUUAUUUUGAAUAGAUGAAAUUUAUGGAGUUUAGUAACUGUGUGUACAGAGCCUAAUGAAAUACUAGUCGCAGCAACAAUUUUGCGUAAUGAAGUAUAAGGAAUUAUUCCAAAUUGACCCAAAACUUCAAAACUCUUCAUUGAUCACGUUUUUCAUUUGCAACAGAUCCAGUUUGAGUAAAUUUAGUAACAAGGUCCAAAAGGAAACUGACAGCAAAUCAAAUUAUUUCUUUCCCUUAGCAACAAAUAACUAAACAGGUAAAAUAAUAAAUACAGUUCGCCCAGGAUAUCUGUGUUGCUGAAAAAAAAAUUCGGAUUGUAAUUUGGUUGUUGCCAGGUCUAAUCUUCGGAAUUUAUGUUUAUGUUGGUAGUUUCUGUUUUAAUUAUAAAUUUAGCAAACCCUAAUGGGCAACAUUUUGAACACUGAAAUAAAAAAUGAUAUUUUCGUGUGCUUUUGUUUUCUAUCUGAACAAAUUAAGAUAAAUAAAGAUUUUUCUAAGUUUCUCGAAAACGAAGCGACUGAUUUUAAAAAAUCAAACGUCAAAAUAAAUAACUGUGAAAGACUUGUAAGACCAGAUAUUACUCGAUAUCCCUUGUCAUUUAAAAUUUAUAAGAGCCUUUGGGCCAAAGGUGAAAUGGGCUGAAGUAGUUUUUGGUUGUCCCUCUUGACAAAUCUUUUGAUGUGUCUCGGCGUGUUUUCUUUUAUCAGUGGUUUUCGAUAAAUUUGUGGAGCACCCUGUAUAUCAGUUCUAACUACUCGAUUCGGAAAUAUAAAUAUUAUAUUGGAAGUUCAAUUAAUAUGUCAGAGUACAUAUUCCGCCCAGCUGGAAACCUAGUACAAGGGUUCAGGUAUUUAAUGUAAUUUCCAUAUCAAAAAUAACAAGAAUAUAAAAAGACUCAUGACGUAUAUGCAGUCAAAUGAUUCUAUUGGAUAUGCACUUCAUCACUUUUCAAACUUUGGUUUAAAUAUUUUUGAACAACUUUUUCAAGAAUUACAUGCACGAGAACUUUCUAUUUAUUUUAUUAAAACUUUCUGUUCCUGUAAUGCUGAAAAUUGAUAACAAGUUUUUGUUUGAGUUUGACAAACGUCUAAUAAAACGCAAAACCUUGAAAAAAUGAAAAUACAAUUUUUCUAAACAAACUAAAAACUGCAAUCGAACAGCUGGUGACAAAAGCACAAAUAAUCGGAAACCCUUCAAGGUGUUACUAAAGCGAUCCUCGUCUGUUUUUGCAUGUCUUUCACUUCAUAUUUCGUUAUUUUACAGCUUUUCUCUAUGUUUUACUACAUUUAGAUAUAGGCGAAACCCAUAAUUUUCUUUGUACUCUUUCGAUAUACCGAACUAUGUUUCGUCAUAAACCAGUUCUAGCAAUUUUUGAGCUUUUUUAGAUGUCUCUAAUAAAUGACUUCUUUGUUUAAAUAAAAUCACUCCAUUAUCCCACUUCUGACCAAUGAAUGAGUAUGGUCCAUUUUAACGAAAUAUGUCCUCACUUUCCCGUUGACACCCUUCACGAUGAUUUCUUCCCUGUACAUGCACUCAAUUCCGCACCUUCUAAUCAAUUCUGCUGUUUUCUCCAUUACUUGAAUAUGCCCCACUAGGCCCGUACUGUCCAUACGGGAAGCCAUGUUCACAGCGUCUCCCCAAAUGUCGUACAGAGGUUUUCUGGACCCUACGACACCUGCUAUCACUGGUCCUGUGCAGAUACCUUAAAAAAAUCGGAAUGUCAACAUAAUAAAACAAUGACCUUAUGAAAUUAUUAUUGAGGAAGACGUGAAAAAGUGUAAUAAGCGCUCUAGGGCUAGUCCGUCCCUGUUAGACUCCGUAGGCCAAAUACCGCGUGUUUCAAAUUCGACCCUCACCAUUGGCUAUUGGAAUUACGCAAACGGUAAGAGGUAUGAAAUGGGCUAAAGAGGCCCAAUGGAGAAUUUAUUUUAGAAAGCUUCACAGAGUAUUUACGAAGAUAGACAGAAAGAAAUUAAUCGUUGUUAUUUUUUCCUGGCUUUAUAUGAGGUGGGAUUUCAAAAUGAAUUGCACAUUAACAUUGUGACUUUUUCUCAUCUACAAAAUAGCAGUAUUAGAA